AUGAGCCAGAUGACACGGGGAGCAACGUGCCUGCCCUGUGAGCUGCUGCAUGGAGGCCACCACCCUGUGCGGGAAGGAGAGGUGUUCAACACGCGAUACCAGGCUCUGCACCAGCUGGGCAGCGGCGCCUUUGGCACGGUCUGGCUGUGCCAGGACAUGAGGAGGAAGAGCCAGGUAGCUGUGAAGGUCCUGAAAAGCAGGGAGAGCUUUGCUGAGGCUGCCCAGGAUGAAGUCGCCCUCCUCCGUUGCGUGAGCAGUAUGAAGAAGAAGGACCGGGCAGGAGAAAACAUCAUCUGUUUGUUAGAUGACUUCAGAAUGAUUGGAGAGAAUGGCUUCCAUGUGUGCUUGGUAUUCGAGGUGCUGGGUCCCUCCCUACGAUGUCUGAUGGGAAACCACACAGCCCAGGGACUGCCUUUGCCUUUUGUGAAAAAGUGUUUACAGCAGGUGCUGGCAGGGCUGCAAUUCCUGCACCAGUGCUGCCGCAUCAUCCACGCUGACAUCAAGCCUGAGAACAUCUUACUGUAUGGACCCAACAAAAACCUCCAGAAUCUUCUGCCCAGUGCAGUCAACUGCGGCCAGAGAACAGAGUUGAGGCUAAAUGGACCAGAUGGUGAUCUUGACAAUCGAUUGGAAGAAUCUGAUUUAAUGAGCAUUGAAGUGAAAAUUGCUGAUCUGGGCAGCGCGUGCUGGACAUACAAGCCUUUUUCCAAGGAGAUACAGACCCAGCCAUACCGUGCCCUGGAAGUGCUUCUUGGAUUAGACUAUGGCACUCCUGCAGAUAUCUGGAGCACAGGCUGCCUGGCAUUUGAAAUGGCAACUGGGGAGUAUCUAUUUGAUCCUCAACCUGGGAAAUAUUUCUCCAGAGAUGAUGAUCACGUUGCUCGUAUUAUUGAACUCCUGGGAAGAAUUCCUCCUCAAACUGCUUUCUCCUGGAACAAGUCAACAAAAUAUUUCAGCAGGCCAGGUGCUCUUCUGCGGCUCUCCAGGCUUUCCCCCCGCAGUCUCUACAGCAUCCUGCUGGACAGACACAAGUGGACACAACAGGAGGUGGCUCCCUUCGCCAGCUUCCUCCUGCCCGCGCUGCAGUACACGCCUGAGCGCCGCGCCACAGCGGCCCAAUGCCUGCAGCACGCCUGGCUGAGCGCCCCGUGA